UCGUGCUUUGGAUCAACUGCAUGCUGAGCACAGACAUGGCCGCUUCGCAGCUGUCUUUUUUCUUCUUCUUUCUUUUUGUUUCUCCCUGUGCAUGUUGGUUGCAGCAGCCUCAUCACCAUAGUGCCAUUCAUUAUCCCUGAUCGAGCAUGCCGGACCCUGCUUUGGAUUUCCUCUUCCGGUGUUCAAGGUUUCUUCGCCGUCUCCAAUCCCAGUCCCCAACCAGCCCACAUCGGCGGGGCGGCCCUCCACCAUCAGUGGGCAAAAUGCGCAAUUUGAUAAUGAUGGAUGUGGUUGAUUUGGGCAACACAGGGAUCAUCCAAAUUCUCCUCGUCUUGUGCCACAUGCCGCCCAGCAGCGAAAAGGGGCUUGCAGUCUGUCAGCCCGUCGCGUGCGCCUUUUUGCAGGCGGUCGGCCAGGCAGCCCAUCGCCCGGUAACGCUGUGGCUGGUUGGUGGGAUCGCGUUGGUCACGGCUCGAUCUGUGCCAGCACAUCCAAUCCAGCCCAAGAGCCUCUGUCGCCGGCUAGCCGAAGAUGGCCGCCUCAUCAGCAGUCCACGCCCCAAGACACAAUAG